AUGGAAAUUCAAGCUGAAAAUAGUCUAUUUCCUGAUAUUAGUGAAGUCAACAAAAAUCGAUCGUUUACUCCGAAUACACUUCACAAAACUUUAAUCGAAAUCGCGCAACAGGCACUGAAAUCUUCAUCGUCAAUUGAUCUAACUCGUCUACAUGUUCUAACUCGUUUCGGCUUUCAAGGUCAUCUACAAUUACAUGCACAAGACGUAGAAUCGUACGAUACACUCGUUGCUGUCGAUUGGCCUACACAUCUCGUUAAUCAACCGAUCACAGUUGUUCCACCUAUUCGUGUUCCUCCACAUCAUUCAAUCGUCGUCCGGGAUGUACCACUUUCAUGGCAGCUCCCGGAAAUUAAAAAUGAAAUAGAAGAUAGUUACGGAAAUGGUUCGGUUCGUAAUAUUGUACGUAUGUAUGGUAGAGAUGGAAAUCCCAUACCAUCUAUUCGUCUAGAUACAUCAUCAUCAUCGUACAUCGUUACAUUUCUUAAAAACAGUUUCAUCAACAUUGGUCAUGGUCGUCAUGCUGUUAAAGAAUAUCAUCUUCCAACUCGAAUAUCUCCUAUUUGUUAUAACUGUUAUGAACAUGGUCAUCUUGCUCGGCACUGUAAGAAUUCGAAGCGGUGUGGUCGAUGUAGUCAACAGCAUGAAGGAGAAUGCUCAAACGAUAUCAGGUGCGUAAACUGUAAUGGUCAUCAUUAUCCAGGUCAGUCAAAUUGUCCUGUUGUCCAACAUUUACGUGCAGAAAAGCAAAAACAACAGCAUCAACCGAAUAUCACGUUUUCUUAUGCAAAAGCAGCUAAGCGCCUGCAGCCAUCGACAACUACAGCUCAACCCACUACGUCAGUUAUUACACCAGAACUUCAAACUCAAUUGAUCUCUAUCAACAAGAAGCUGGAUGAAGUGAAAGAAUCGUUCCUCGACCUGAAUAUAAAAAUAUCUAAUAAAGUUAGUCAAUUGGAAAAACGUCUCAUCGACGCUGAAGAACAAAUCGAUGUUCUCUCUUCGGAACUCAACUAUAGGUACGCUGAACAAGGAAUCAAAAACAGCUCAACCAGGAAUAUAAUCGUAAACGUUUUGCUACCCGCAUUUAUAGACAUUAGCAAAGCUAUCGCAGCAACAUCUCGUAAUCAAGCAUCAAGAAACGAAGUCGAAACCAUAUGCAAUGAAGUGCGGAUCGCUAUGCAACAUUCAGAUGAACAAAAAGAAGGUAGAAUUAUCCAGCUGCAACAAAAAUAUCCACUUCUACAGUUCAAUAAUAAAUAG